CCCCCUUCUCUCCGCCUCCCCCUUCCCCCGGCCCCCGCUCCGCCUCUCGCUCGCCCUCUUCCCCUUUGUUCGUUCUCCGGACUCCCUGCUCGCUCGGCGGCAGCCACCGCUGCUGCUCUCAGCCGAUAACCGGCCACAGGAGGAGGCGGCCGGGCGGCCGGGCGGCCAUGGGCAUCAGCCGCCUGUCGGAGCUGAUCCGGGAGCGGGCGGCCGAGGCGGUCACCAACAAAACCAUCCACGCCUAUGAGGGGCGUGUGAUGGCGCUGGACGCCGCCGUUGUGAUGAACCAGUUCCGUAUGGCCCGGCCCGACAAGCGCUACCUGCAUCAUCUCAGCCAGAUUGUAGGUGUAUUUUACCGCACUGCCAGCCUUCUCGAGAAGGGGAUUAAACCGGUCUUUGUGUUCGACGGCCCGGCUCCCAGGAUGAAGUCCCGCGUGCUGCGCAAGAGGCUCGGCUGGAGACCCACCCUGGAGAAUGAGGAACACGCGUGUUCAACAGCCCCAGAGAGCGCGGAACACGCGUGUUCAACAGCCCCAGAGAGCGCGGAACACACAUGUUCAACAACCCCAGAGAGAGCGGAACACGCGUGUUCAACAGCCCCAGAGAGCGCGGAACACGCGUGUUCAACAGCCCCAGAGAGCGCGGAACACACGUGUUCAACAACCCCAGAGAGAGCGGAACACGCGUGUUCAACAGCCCCAGAGAGCAAGGAACACAUGUGUGGAUCAGCCCCAGAGAGAGAGGAACACACGUGUACUACAGCCCCGGAGAGAGGGGGAUGUGUGUGUAUAACGACCAUGGAAAGGGAGGAACGCGCAUGGAGACCGACCCCAGGGGGAUCCAGAUUAGUCAUGGAGAGCGAGGGACUUGUGCGGAAGCCUGGCGGGGAGAAGGAGGGACCAGGCCCCAACAGCCACCAGCAGGACUGUAAAGCGGCUGAGACGGAGGAGCCCGUAGCGAGGACCGGCCGCCGGGACUGUCAGCGUCUGCUCACCCUCCUGGGGGUCCCGUACAUUGAGGCUCCAGCUGAGGCAGAGGCCACGUGCGCGGCGCUGGUGAAAUCCGGCAAGGUUCACUGCACGGCCACGGAGGACAUGGACGCCCUGCCCUUCGGCUGCACCCGGCUCGUCCGCAAUGUCAGCGCCAAGAAGGAUGCGAGGGUGGAGGAAUUUUCUUUGCCAGACAUCCUGAAAGCACUGAAUCUGACACAGGAGCAGUUUGUGGACCUGUGCAUCCUGAUGGGGUGUGAUUACUGUGAGAAGAUCCGUGGUGUCGGCGUGAAACGAGCCCUACCCCUCAUCCAGACCCACAAGAACAUCGAGGGCAUCGUGCAGAAUCUCGACGCCAGGAGAUUCCCAGCCCCGGAGGACUGGCCGUACCAGGAGGCCCGGAGCCUCUUCCUGCGACCGGAGGUGCUGGACCCUCAUGAUGUGGUGCUGGAGUGGGGUGAGCCUGAUGAGGAGGGACUCGUGCAACUGCUCGUGCAUGAGAAGAAGGCCAAGGAGAAGCGAGUUCGGGAUCGAAUCAGGAGACUACGGGAGUCUCUCCGGGACGUGGAACGCCGGAGCCAGAUGUUCACAGCCGAGAAACAGCGCCGGCUUGACGAGUUCUAUCGCAAAGUGAAGGGACUCCGCUACUGCAGACAGUUGCCAGGGAGGCCUGAGAGCAAGGAUUAGGUGCUUACAUGGACAACGAACCGGAGGAGCCUGGACUCGGAUGCAGGGCCGGGACUCGAACUGGGACUUGGACAUGGAGCCAGGACUUGGACACGGAGCCCGGACUCAGACUGGGACAUGGGACGACAAAACCAAACAAAGACAGACAAUUUGUGUCUUGGCUCAGAAUAGCGGCAAACGGUCAGCAAUCCUCAGCUGGACGCGAGAUGACAAAACCAAACAACGACAGACAAUUCAUAUCUUGACACGGAGUAGCACCUGAAACAGCAAAUGGCCGGCAAUCACUUAAAUGGAGACGAAGGGACAGACUUCCCAACUCGAAGCAGUGGCAAACGGCCGGCAAUCCUCAGCUGGACACGAAAACGACAGAAUUCCCGAAGCAACCCCAGCACCAAAGCAACUUAGAGUUCACUACUUUCGGCAGCCCAGAUGAUGCAUUGCCACACUGGCUUAGGUGACAGACCAGCACUGAGUAGAUGUAAGCUGGAGUUUUAUGCUGCUGGUUCGGAUGAAAAUCAGGUGCCCUAAUCAAGGAGCCCUGUAGAACACAGGGAAAAGGAAAUUAACUGAAAUGAGGAGUCAACGGACCGGACCGUGACAGGUAUUGGAGCAUCACUGCCAUUGGGUUUUGAUUUGUCAGAAGUAAUGUCUUGCAAACCCUGCCAGAGUUGUUGUACACCCGAUGUCGCCUCUGACCACAUUUGAAAUUGUCUCUUUGCCCUUGAAAUAGCCUUCUGCAAAUCAUACCCGGUUUUCUGGUACGUUAUGGGCGUUAUGGGGAGGUGGUGAAGGUGGGCCCGUGGAUAUUUUUUUAACAAAACAUUUGAUAAACUCCCUCAGAAAAUUAAGAUGCAGGGAUCCAUGGGGAAUUGGCCAUUUGGACUCAGAACUGGUUUGCCACAGAAGACAGCGGGUAGUGGUCAGAGGGUCUUAUUCGAGUUGGAGGUCUGUAAUGAGUGGAGUUCCUCAGGGAUCUGUGCUGGGACUCCUGCUGUUUGUGAUGUAUAUAAAUGGCCUGGAUGAAGAUAUAGAUGGGUGGGUUAGUAAGCUUGUGGACAUUACAAGGAUUGGUGGUGAUGUGGAUAGUGUAGAAGAUUGGCAAAGAAUACAGAGCAACAUUGAUCAAUUCCAGAUGGUGGUUGGUUGUUGUAUCCAGCGAUGACAGGAAACCUUCUGGGCGAGUUUUUAAAGAGGAAAAGCCAUUGCACUGGGGGAUUUCCACUCUCUUGAGCUUGAAAGUCUGGGUCCAGUGGUACGAGUAGUCGUCACAAACUGGGGCCUCCCUUAGUCGCAAUGGAUGACCAUGACGCCUUCUGUACCUGGCCAUGCCCCUCGCUC